UAUUACAUUAUUAUUAUGAAUUUUUUCGAUGAAAAUUCUGACUCCAUCGCUGCUACUUAUACUCUAUUUAUAGCUGAGGCUUAUGGAUUGCCAUUGCUUCCACCCUAUUUGGCACUGAAAAAGGGCAUAAAAGCUGAAAAUGGAGUGAAUUUUGCUACUGCUGGAGCUACUGCUAUUUCUGCUGAAUAUUUUUAUAGUAAAAAUAUUACAAUUUUAUGGACAAAUGUUUCUUUAACUCACCAAUUGGGAUGGUUCCAACAAGUGAAGGCUAAUAUUUGUGCCAUCAGAAAAGAUUGUAGAGAAUACUUGAAAAAAUCACUUUUUAUAGUUGGAGAAAUUGGAGGAAAUGACUAUAACUACCCCUACUUUGUUGGUGGAAGCAUUAAACAACUUAAAGCUCUUGUACCAGCAGUAGUUGAAACCAUUAUUGAAGCAACAAGUGUAUUGAUAGAAGAAGGAGCAGUUGAACUAAUAGUGCCUGGGAAUUUGCCAAUUGGUUGCUCAGCAGUGUACUUGACCUUAUUUGGUACUCCAAAUAAAGAUGCAUAUGACAAAAAUGGAUGUUUAAAAGCCUACAAUGCAUUCUCAAAAUAUCACAAUGCUAAACUAAAAUUAGCAAUUGAGGAUUUAAGAAAAGAAUAUCCUCAAGCAAAGAUCAUCUAUGCUGAUUAUUAUGGAGCUGCCAAGAGAUUUUAUCAUGCCCCAAAGCAUUAUGGAUUUUCAAAUACAUUAGUAGCAUGUUGUGGAGGUGGAGGACCAUACAACUUCAACAAUUCAGCCAGAUGUGGUCAUAUUGGCUAUAAGGCAUGUUUGGACGCUUCAAAAUUUACAAAUUGGGAUGGAAUUCACUUAACAGAGGCAGCUUAUUACCACAUUGCCAAAGGAUUGCUUAAUGGCCCAUUCACUUCACCACCUCUCACAUUUCCUCCCAUCAAACAAAUUUAGUACCCUCAUAUGAUGAUCAAAUUUGCUACGACA